UGAAAAUUUCGGCAGUUCGUUCGAUUUUCGCCAUGACGGCGUCACGCACCAAGUCGCUCGUUGUGUACCUGGCUCUGCUCGCCACGAUCGUCGGUUUGUGCGUGACGGUUGUCGCGCUGCCGGUCCUGAAACUCGACGAUACGGCCGAGACGUCGACGGUGACUACUCCGAGCGAUGAUGCCAACGAAGUGAAAAGACAACAGGCCGUAGACGUGAACUACAUGCUUCCAACUGGAAACGUACUGAAUAUCGUCGUCGAUCGGGUCCCCGACGCCACCUCCUCGAACGGCCGAGUCAAGGUGAGCCUGGCGACCAACUCCACCAGCGGCGCCGGCUUGAUCGACGGCAUCGACCGGCUGCAGAAGCAGGUGCAGGACAGCAUCGGCCAGCGGGACCACGACCACGAUCUCAUCGAUUCACGCGUUCAUGGCAAUAAAAUCUUCGGUAGACGAACUGACAACCCGGAUAUUUCCGAAUCUACGAACUCUACCAGAUCACCAGUGAAAAUCAGCAUCGGUAGUGCAGCAUAAAGAAGUUGUUGUAAUCUCAUAAUUGUCAUCGUAGUUCUAUCAUUUUUUUUCUUUUUUUUUUUGGUCAACGAGAUCAGACCUCGUUUUUUUCUUUUUUU